AUGAGCCCUCCUGCACAACCUCGUGACAGCAGCCAAACCCGAGCUAUUAGGCUCGCUGGAGCUGUCCACGAUGCUGGCUUCCCAUUGAAUCGCUCCGAACCUCAUCAUAACCAUAUUCAAGCUCCUGUUCCAACCGCAUUUGAUCAUGCGCGACCGAGAGCUACCUUCGACCUAGUGAACGAUGUUAAAAGCCAAGAUGCUACUCCGCGACCGUUCACCGGAGGACGUUUCCUCAGGGACUUGGGUGAUACCUCCCGCUCACCUACACAUAGUCCUUUCCGCUUGACAAUGCCAAGCAUGUCUCCUGGCCAGCUCGCAUUUUCGGCUAUGCAAUACCUACCUGUACCUACCAUGGUUCUCAAUAAUCUGAAAACGGUUGUCUUGGCAAACGAAGCCAUGGGCCGAAUGUUGGGGAUUAUUACAGAAGAUUCAGAAGAUGACGACGCUCUCCCUACUAUCGAAAACCUACGGGGCCAGACACUUUCCCAGGUUGGUGUUGAUAUUCUUCAAGACGGACAGCCUGUAUGGGCAACAUGGGAGGCAUUUCUCGAUUCUCAAGUAGAGGAAAUGGGCGUGCGAACUGCAGCAAAAGAUUCGCGGCGGCCUUCCCAGUCCGGAGACGAUGCCACACCCACCACGACCACGAUGCCUAUCCCUGAUAGGCGCCCAAGUCCGGCCUCUCGCAAACCUCAGGAUUCUGUGGUUGAGGUUGUGAUUACACGUAAAGGAGUCAUCAAACCAAAGUUUGACAAUCUCUUCAACCCCAAAGAAACCGACACCCAAAUCUAUGCCAAAAUGAUCAUCACUAUAUGGGAGCUCGAAGACCAUCAGAUCUUCUUCACACUUACAUUUACCAGCACAGAAUCCCCACCGUCAACCCUUCACAACCAUAAAAGAGUAGUUGCGAGACCGAGUAUUCUUGAAGCUGCCGAGCGCAAAUCCAUCACCCACUCGAAUCCACCUUCAGUUGCGUCAAGUCGAGAUUCCAACUCGCCUUCGUUUCACAGCCCAGGAAUCGUCACUAUGUCCUCCAGCCCUUUCCCACCGAUGGGCCCACCGUCUGCGGCGACUCACUCAAGCACACCAUCACUUCUGCAAAAAAUGUUGCUGAUGAAGGACGCCCUUCUGAACAAUACUCAAAUGCCUAUUCUUGCGAUGUGGAAGGAUGGCAGUGUCACAUUUCCAAACACUGCGGCCCGGAAGCUCUUUGAGAAAGAGGCACCGCUUGACACGUCUCUAAAUGGGUUCGAACUCAUGCAAUACUGGCAUAUUUACAACGAGGACUUUUCAGGGCGUCUUGAAAUCGAACAAACGCCUAUAUGCAAGCUGCUAAAGACUGAGAUGCCUUUCACUGGAUUUAGAGUCGGCAUGUAUGAUGAGAACAGAAGCAGGCGAGUAUAUGAUAUACUAGGUGAGGCAAUCCGUGACGAUUCCACAGGUGAGUUUCUUGCAGGUGUUGUCACAGGACGCGAUGUCACGGUCAUGACGGAGGAAAUCACGCAGAUCAAGGAGCGAGAUGAGGAAAGAUUCAAGUUAAUUUGUGAUACCAUGCCUCAGCUGGUUUGGACGGCGACACCCGACGGUCUGGUCGACUUCUGGAACACGCGGUUCUACUCUUAUACCGGCUUAUCCCCAGAGGACAGCCUUGGCAAAUCAUGGGUGAAUGCUUUCCACCCGGACGAUUUGCCCGAGGCUGAAAAGAGAUGGAAACACUCGCUUGAAACGGGUGACAGUUACGUGACGGAAUAUCGUUGCCAAAGUAAAGAGGGCGAAUGGCGUUGGUAUCUUGGUCGAGCGCUGCCUCAGCGUAACAAAGAAACUGGAAAGGUCGAGAAGUGGUUUGGAACUUGCACAGAUGUCCACGAGAGCAUUCAGACAAAGAUGGCUAUGAAACGUACCCGACAGCAGCUUCUCAGCGUUAUUGCCCACUCCCAUGUGACAAUCUUCACCGUCGACCCGAACCGAAGAGUCACGAUGCUAGAAGGUGCCUUGAUAUGGAACAAUACCCACGAGGAGAGCCAUGAUGGAACAAGAUGGUUCGUUGGCGAGGACAUGUACACCGUGUUCAAUCGCUUGACUGCACAACUGGCAGACGGGGAACGCCCAGAGUUUCUCGAACCCAUCGAGUUACUUCUUGAUGGCAAAGCUACCGAAGAUGUCAAGGAACACGGCAUUGAUGAUCGUUGGUACCGCACUCGUUUCCUUACGAUGGUUGGGAAAAGGGCACAGGAAGGAGACUCCCGGCACAACACAUACGUGGAAGGAGUCAUUGGCGUUAUAAUGGAUGUGACUGAGUUGAAGAUCCGCGAAAAAGCACUGGAGAAGCAAUCAAAAGAAAAGCGAAAGGCGAUGGCAAACGAAGCAGCCGCCAAGGAAGCUAACAGGCUGAAGAGUCAGUUUCUCGCCAACAUGUCCCACGAAAUUCGAACACCAAUCACAGGAGUGUUGGGAAUGGCUGAGCUACUGAUGGGAAUGGAGUUGGACCAGGAGCAGCAAGAAUAUGUCGAAAACAUUCAGAGCUCAGCGACCUCUCUCCUCACCGUUAUUAACGAUAUCCUAGACUUUUCCAAGGUAGAGUCUGGACGACUAGAUAUCGAGGAGGUACAAUUUUCCUUGUCGCAUAUCGUCAAGGAAGUAGGCAGGAUGUUGCAGUUCGCCGUUGAACGAAAGAACCUCGACUUUCAGUCAGACGUUGACGAUGGAAUUGAAAAUGACCUGGUCGUCAUCGGAGAUCCUGGUCGUGUACGGCAAAUUCUCACCAAUCUCCUUACAAACAGUAUAAAAUUCACGAAUCAAGGAUACGUCAGAUUCUCGGUUGUUGCCGAGAAGGAGACAUCAGAAACUAUUGAAGUCAAAUUCACUGUGGAGGAUUCAGGUAUCGGUAUUCAGGAUGAUGUUCGCAAGAAAUUGUUCCAGCCUUUCAGCCAAGGCGACGCCUCGACUGCCCGGAGAUUCGGUGGCACUGGAUUGGGCCUGACAAUUUGCAAGAAUCUUCUGGAUCUCAUGCAUGGUCGUAUUACACUGGAGUCGAAGGUUGGUGUUGGAACUCGGGCCACCUUUUGGGUUCCUUUCAACAAGCCAAGCGGCCCGGCAGAAGCUGGUCUUGCCAACGCUGGUGCUAUCCCUGAUCGGCUUCAAUCCGAAUUGAGCUUGUCUUGCAACAGCUCGGAAUAUGACCAGAUCAUUGGCACCCCUCCAGUAUUUGAAGGAAUCCAGGGAAACAGUUCAGGAUCUCGCCGUACUCGUUUCGGCAUAACGUCAACUUCGAGCCCUGAUCAAGAACUUCCAUCAUCCGAGAGAGCCAAGAUUCAUGUGUUGGUGGUCGAGGACAACCCUAUCAAUCAGAAGAUUGCUACCAAAACGAUUGGCAGGCUUGGGUUCCAGGUAACAGCUGCUUGGAACGGCAAAGAAGCUUUGGAAUACCUCGCUGGUGUUCAGAAGGGCAUCAAUCAGAAGCCGGAUAUUAUACUUAUGGAUGUACAGAUGCCCAUCAUUGAUGGCUACAAGUGCACUCACCUUUUGAGACAUCAUAUGCCGUACAAGCCCCUGGUCCAAGAUGUGCCAAUUGUGGCCAUGACAGCAUCGGCAAUUCAGGGCGAUCGCGAAAAGUGUACUAAAGCUGGCAUGGAUGAUUACUUGGCCAAGCCGGUUCGGGGCGUAAUCCUGGAAAAGAUGCUUAUACGAUGGUGCCACGCACGCCGUCGAGUACCAACAGCACCAGAUCCCUCCGCUUCAGACUGUUCGGAGAUGAGUGAGCAUUGUGACAACGCCGACAUUCCUAAUGUUGGAAUUGACGACGACGACGACGCGCCACGUGGACUCGAUGAUUUCAACGGCAGCCCUAUCACGCCUCGCCCGUUAACGACUAAUGGGUACCAAAAUGAGCCGUCUCCUUUUGAUUCUACAGAGCUAUCACUUCAAGUUCGGCGUCAAGAAGGAGAGACAGAGUGGUCUAACAAGCUCCAAGAAACAAAACUCAUCGACGCGGCCGGUGGACCAUCGAGCUACCGCAGGAAUUCAUAUCAUGAACUGCAGACAGGGGACUCGUUGACGGAGGAGAAUGUCAACAAACUAAGGAGCGAGAAUCAGUCGACAACACGCCGAUAA